AUGAAUCGAUUCAGAACCCACCGUAAGAAGACCAAAGAUGCCCCUGAGGACAAAGAUGCCCAACCGCUCCCGCUGUUCACGGCCAAACCGUUCAAACGAGCCAAAAAACCCAUAAUCGAGUCCAAGUCUGAGCUGGACCUCUCCUCAGCCCUUCCAUCGUCAGACGAUUUCAGAACAAGUCUCCUGAUGCCAAACUUAUCCGCACGAUUUAGCAUGCUGCGGGAGCAGGAUGACCCAAACUCUAAAAUCGGAAAGGCUAAUGACGACAGUGUCCUGGCGCCGAAGAGAGCAUCGAGACUCAAUGUGUUUGGCCAAGUUAAUAAUCCUCUCUUCGACAUUGCUGAGAUAUCUUCAGUCCAUGGUAGCUCAGCUAGACCAUCCUUUGCCAUUGGUCGCGGAUCGUACGCUUCCGGGGAAGGAGGCUAUGCUACUGAUGAUGAUUUUUCUCCCGGUGGCAGCGUUAUGAGCAGAGCAAGGCCAGGUGAAGGUAACAAUUUGUUUGGUGGGCGGCAAAAGGUUUAUAAAAUCCCCGUUUCUACGUCGACGCCUAGGAGUGGAUCUGUCUCAGAAGCUUCGGGGGUUGGGGGUGGAAUGGGAGGGAAACCAGUCUAUGAAAACGAUGUCACAUUAUCUGCUUUCCAAAAGCUGAGGGCGAAGGAGAAGGAACAGCAGUCGGAGCUUGAGUUUGAUAUCCAGCAGAACAAGCAGGACACGGAAGAUGACGGCUCGUUAGCCUCACGGCCAUCAGGAAAUCGCACAUCCACUUCGAACACAUCGGUUGAUUCCGCUCGUCGCAACUCUGGUCAAGGGACGAUUGCCUCUCCCUCGCCCAAAUCCACGGUUGCCCCUAACCCCAUAUCAUCAACAACAACAGGAGUCGAACGCAAUCCAACCAAGACACGAAGGUACGGCCAAGGCAUUGAGGUCAACACCCAACAACCCUCCGCCUUUACAAGACUUGAAAGCCUCAGCCGCCAGCGAGCUCCUGCCAAUGACAAUUUACUAAUAAGCCGAUCUUUGUCAAAGAGCUCAUCGGUUUUAAAUGAUAAAUUUCAACACCAGCCUCCGGUGUACACUUCUUUAGUUCCCGGCCCUUCAAGCCCACCCCCAUAUGCUUCCAAACCCAUUAUGACACCAAUUGAUUCUGCCAGCAAACAUGAGCUAGAGAAUCCUCCCAUUGCAAAUCUGGGGUUUGCCAGCUUACCCCCAUUGAGCCCCCCACUUAGCGAAUCAGAGGAGCAAACGUCGUUAGAGGCCGCCCUUCAUCCUGAGGACCGUGGAAAGGCCACGGGUAUGGGGCUGUUCAAUAAGCCAGCUGCCCAAUAUGACGAAAUUAAAUUCUCGCAGCGGCAACUUCAAAUGUAUGGGGGCAGAGACACCCCCACAUUGCGCCGCUGUUCCCCACCAUCACAGCCACCACCUCGUGUGCCUGAUUUGGAGACCACUGGACGUUCGCCCCAAGUUUCCAAUGCCAGCUACCGUUCAAAAGUUGAUUCCCUAGUAUCACAGUUCAAUGGUCCCCAAGAUGAGGGUGAACGCACCAGGGAGAUAUCCACUACUCCUGCAAGCAGUAGCCGCAAACCAUCACCUCCACGACUGAUCAAGGGCACAUUCCCAAGCGCUAGUGAUCAUGGAAGUGAGGAUGGAGCAGAGCCAUCACUGAACAACGUACUUGAAAAUGAUAACAUACAUCCAGCGGUCAGAUCUAGCACUGACUCCGGUGACUCGAACGCCCAAAGUUCACUUACCCAAGGUUCUCACUGCGAUACUUCGGAGCUACAAUAUUCCGAAACCCGUGACCUUAACACUAUAGACGAGAAUGAAAGCCCGGAGGAGCCUAUCGGCGAAACCCCUGAUUCCCCUACACUUGGUCCAUCUGGGCUGGGUUUGAGCGGACUGGUUCGCACCCAUCUUCGCCAUGAUAGUGACACCUCGAUGAACUGUCCGCCUUCCCCGGGCCUUCCACUUAAUAUCCUGGAAGCCACUCGGGAAGUCAAUCCCUCUGCUCGAGCGGCCAGAGACGCCAACCAUGCUUCCAGCGUGCACAGUAACCCCUGGGAAUAUGACGACCUGUGCAAACCUGAAAGUCCGGAGAAGAAAGCCGCUAAUCAACCCGGACUUCCAGAUUUGUCGUCUAUGUCUAUGAGAGCGAAGCAAAUUCUUGGGCAAGCAACUGCUCUGCGAAGUCAGGGACAUAGCUCACCACAACAGAAGCCGGACAGACAUGGUUUGGGUGACAUGCGCAUAAAAUCGCCCACAGAAUCGACUUCUGAGAGCCCACCAUGGCAAGAUGGGCCCAAACACGGUCAUCAAAGGGAUGGUAGCUCGGAUACACAGAAGGAGCGGGAAGAACUUGCCAACGAGCUCGCUGAACGGCGACGAAAGGUACGCGAAAAAUUAAGAAGCUUUGUGGAGAGCGAAAGCGGGUCAAGAAGCCCGACACUUGGCCACCGUUUCCCGGAUUACGGCUCAUCAAUUCAGAAACACGGUAAUGCGUUUUCGAUGCUGAAGAACAAGACUGGCAGAAACCCCAUGGCUGGUCGACACGACGUACCCCAGACCAAGGCUAUGAAAAUGCUUGGUGUGGACAAUGCUCACAGCGUAUCCUCGCCAAGCCUUCUUUUAAACGAAACAAUCCGGGACGAUGAGGAUAGAUUCUGUGAACGUGGGAGAGAGUCUCGUUCAGGUUCCCCCCUUUUUGGAUCUCGUAAUCACGCUCGACCCCGGCAGCCGCAGGUAUCUACGAUGCAGAGAGGGAGCCAAGACGGUUCCGGGGAGUCGUUCCAUGGCGAACCAUCUCCUUCAUCGCAUGCGAGCUCGCGUAGAGGUCGAUCUGGUUCAGACGUUUCAGGCCGCUCGAAAAGCCAACCUCGAUAUCGUGAUGAUCUGGGACCUGUAGGUGAAAAUUGCUCCAUAAAAAACGAUUUUUCAGCCGAAGAAUCCAAGUCUCCGUGGGCACCAACAUCCGUUCCUUCUUCAUCUCGACCCUCCGAAGAGGUCGUUGAUCAUAUGUCUUCAGAGCGAGCUGCGUUCGUAGCCUCUGGCAGGUUUCGGAGCAAUAGCCGCUCAGCCGUGCAGAGCCACUUCGACCCAACCCCACCAAUACCUGUUCAAAUUAACCAAGCCAAUAUUAUCGGUAAUCCCCCACGACCAUCUCCAAUAACCCCUUACUCCGCCAACACCACACCCCCCCUAUACGAAACAUCACCAAACCUAUCUUCCAUGCCCACGCCAACCCUCGUCCCUCCCAUGAGUAAUCUCAACAGUCAACGAAUCCAAGGGCUUAGUGCACACAGAAGGAUCAUUGAUAAAUCUAUAAUCUCUGAACCAAAAUUCGUCUCUUCCACUUCCAAUGUACCCACAGUCGGUCUACCCCCAGGCGCAAGCCUAAGCAACGGCUCCACAACCCCACCAAUUCCACCCAUGAACCCGCGUAGAAGACGGCAGACAACAACACAGACAUUCCUCAGCGCGUUUAAGGGCUCUGAUUAUCAUAGGCAUGACCAGUCGCCAAUGCCGCAUUCGAAUCCGACAACGCCCAACAUCGAACAGAGCAUAUUUUCAGAUGAAGAGAAGAGGCCACCCCGGCCACGGCAGAGGCUGCGGAAGAUAUCGAGUGAGGGUGGCAAUCUGAAUGCCAAGGCGAGACAACAGUUGAUGAAUUCUAGCUCGCCGGCGUUGCCGCAAUUUCCUAGGAAGGUACCCAUGGAGGGAGGCAUGUUUUGA